UUCUGGUAACUAUAGUGACAACCCCCUCCCUCCUCACUCGGGCUUCUGCGUUGUGAACGAGCACGUAGAAACGUGACUUCAAGAUCGUCGUGAACGAGCACGUAGAACCGCGACGUUGCCGAGGCUUCAAGAUGGCGGAAGCCUUGACAAGUCAGGAGGAACUGGCGGUGGAGGAGUUUCUGAGUGAGGUGCGCAGCAGGGAACAUCCCCGCAGCGCAGCCCUGGUCUCCCAGCCAACCGCCGUCAAGUUCCUGAUGGCGCGCAAGUUCGACGUCUCCCGAGCAAUAGACCUCUUCCAGGCAUACAAGAACACGAGGAUUAAAGAGGGCAUCUUCAACAUUAACCCAGAGGAGGAACCUCUCCGCUCUGAACUGCUCAGCGGAAAGUUCACCGUCCUGCCUGGUCGUGAUGCUAAGGGUGCAGCUCUGGCUCUGUUCACCGCUCGUCUCCACCGCUCUGACGUCACUACCCAUAGGGCUGUGCUGCAGGCCAUCAUCUUUCAGCUGGACAAAGCCAUCGAGAGUGUUGACACCCAGAGAGAUGGUUUAAUUUUCAUCUAUGACAUGACCAAUUCCAGCUAUGGGAACUUUGACUAUGAGCUCUGUGUCAAGAUCCUCGACCUCCUCAAGGGUGCGUUCCCAGCGCGUCUGAAGUGUGUGUUCAUCGUGUCGUCUCCUCUCUGGUUCAGAGCUCCCUUCGCCGUCCUCAGACUCUUCGUACGUGAGAAGCUGAGAGAGAGGGUGUGUACAGUGAAGGCCCACGAGCUGUCCAAUUACAUCCCAGUCUCUUCUCUUCCGGAGCACCUGGACGGAACCUCCCAGUACAGCCACGUUGCCUGGAUACAGUCCUGCGUCAACGCUCACACCGCCCCGGGCGACGCGCGCGCACACCCGCACGACACGCACGACUGCGUGGGUAGCCUGUUGCUCUCCUACAGCCUGGAGCCUCGCAACGCUAACGCCCGCCGCUACGUUAGCCGCUACUCAAACCUCCAUAGGCUCCCAUUCGGAUUCGCGCUGCCGUUAGCCUCCGAGCUAGCGUUAGCCGCUACGGCUAACUCCAACUGCUACGACGAUAGUAAUGCUAACCCACACGUCCACUGUGGUACAGUGAAUGGCAGGACUCGAAGCCAGGCCCAGAACAGCCCCCGGCGCUCUGGAUCACAGAGGAGCCACCAACACCGGAACGGUUCUGCUGGUAGCUGCGCGGUCAGGCCAGGGUCGGGGCUUAAUAACGUUGUAGGGGUGGUGGGGUCUGGGGUUGUUAGCGGCGUUAGCCCCAAUGCUAACAGCGUGAAUGGCCGUCAGCCCCCGCCCCAGUCGGACACGCCCCCAGACACACCCCUCCGCCGCAAAGCAGUAGGAAUGACGAUGAGUGACGGGUCGGAAACCCUCGACGACGGAACGGCGAACGAGGGAAAGAGGGAAGGAGACGAGGAAGAGGAUGAGGUAGAAGGGGUGCCUCCUCUCCCUCAGAAGUCUCUCCCGCGCAACCCUCAACCCCCGCAGUCCCAGUGCCCGUCACUCUCGCCGUCGUGCGGCACGUCACAGCCGGACGUGGACCCUUGUCCCCAGGAAGAGGUGUCCGUGCACGUGCCUGACGGGGUAGGGAUGAACGUGUUGGAGCUGGUGGAGCACGUCAAGAAGAGGAAGAAGAAAGGAAUCUACCAGGAGUAUGAAGAGAUACGCAAGGAGCCUCCUACUGGUAGCUUUGACUACAGCAAGAAGCUGUCCAAUCAGAUCAAGAACAGGUACAGUGAUGUCCUCUGUCUGGACCAAUCACGUGUCAGACUCUGCCAGCUCUGUGAUGAUGAGGACGAGACGUCAGACUACAUCAAUGCUAGUCUUAUGGACGGCUACAAGAGGAGAAACGCUUAUAUCGCAAACUCAGG